AUGGACGUGGACAUGCCAGACGCGUCGAACUCUCAACCAAAACGCAAGAGGCUGGCCAAGGCAUGCGAUGCUUGUCACAAGAGCAAGCGCCGCUGCGACGGCACUGCACCAUGCAGCAACUGUUUCUAUGCACGAAAAGAGUGCACAUACACCGAUUCCGCUGGUCGUCCUGUUCCCGCCCCGCGUCUGGGGCCCGGCAGCGCAACUAGCCAGAGCAUGCCAGACAUUCAUCGGCCGCCGUCUCCCUCGCGAUCCUCUGCUGGCUCUUCGUCGUCUCACUCGGGCCGGACGCGCCGACCAGCGUACAGCUUCGGUCCGCCGCCGUCCUUGCCGCCCGUCGCCCCGCAAAGCGCUUCUGCUUCGCGCGUCAAGCGGCCCCGCCUCGAUCCCCCGCUGCUGUCAGAUUUCGUCACUCCGCCGCAUCUGGCCCUACCGCCGGCACUCCCCGUACCGCAACCCGACAAACCUAGUGCUUCGCUCGACCCCGCAACAGUGCGCGAACGGGCAGCCAUAUUCUUUGCGCACAUCUAUCCUGCUCGUUUGAUAUUCCAUGCGCCAUCUUUCAAUGCGCGCAUGACAUCUGGCCAAGUCCCAAAAUAUCUCUUGCACGCUAUCUGUGCGGCUGCGGCACCACUUAGCCCGCACAGGCCUCAGGGUAGCGCCCCUCGCGCGGCGGGGAUGGAACACGCUGUGACCGCGCAGGCCAUGCUCGUCGAACGUGGGGUACUCAGGGAGGACGUCGGCACCAACGUCGAAGUCGCACAAGCUCUCUGUCUUCUCAUGUAUCACGAGCACAUCACAGCCUUUCCUUGGAAGCCGAGUGUCGAUUGCUUUGACCUCGCGCAGCAGCUUCUCAACGACCAUCUCCUGUGCAACCCCGCACUUUCGUUCAUGGACGCCGAGAUUGCGAGGCGGUGCGCCUGGUUCAUUCGGUUCACGUACAUCAACAACCUGCAGAACCACUCUGUGGCGACGCCGCCGCAGCCCGGCCCUGGUCCGCGCGUACCCCUUCCCCAAGAUGAAACGUCGUUUGAGAUGGAGGUCAACGGCGCUGCGCCAGAGUACAUCCACCUCCCGCCGCCCCCGGAUAAUCAGAGCGAGUUCGCUCAUGUCCUGCGCACGGCCGAGACGUACUACUCAAUCAAUAACGCGGUCAACAAGUACGACUGCGGCCAGCUCGACCACAUGGGCUUACAGACCGCGGUGGAUGCCGCCCAGAAGGAGUUGAUGGCAUGGGAGUCGUCGCUCUCUCCGGUGAUGAGGUACAGCCCUGAUGUUGUCGACGCACACCUUGCUCUAUUCGACACGGGUACCAACAACGCCGCCUGGUGCUUCUUCAACUCGCAUACGCUCAACGCAUGCUCGUGGCUCGCGGUCGCUGGUUCGCGCACACGGCUGAGGCAGCCGUUCGAUGCUCCUUGGGCUCAAGCGCGCGUUGUUGACAUCAUUCUGAAGCUUGGCCGCCAAGCAACAUACAACGUCCUGGGCGUCGACGCACUGAAGUCGCUUGAGAAGCACUGCGAAAAGUCGCGAGUGACUCUGCAGCCGCAGCUCGACAUCUUGACACACGAGUUUCAGCGGACGUGGGGAGCGCGUAUCCCCAUCCGACCUCUCGCGAUGGCUCCCGCGCUUGAGCAUCAACAAUCUCUACCUCCGCCGCGGCUCAGUCCGACUCCUUCAGGACCGAAACCACCAACCAGUGCCAUCAGUUCGUUCAGAAGUGAUGGUAGGACUCCUGCGAGCGCACCAGUCUCCGCCGGUCCCGCCCAGGCGUCCAAUGGCUCGGGCUUCUUCCGUUCCCUCGGCAUGGCGUACAGCGGCCUCAGCACGAACGCGAAGGCUAGCGGUAGCACGAGUGCUUCAUGGAGUACUCCUUCCUUCGCAGCGGCGGGAGCGGGACGGGCACCUGCGGUCAUUGGCGGUCUCGAUAGCCUCGGUCUGUUCGAAUCCACAGCAGACAGCUUUGCCCCAGGUGGAGAGGAGAUGUCGGGCGGUGUGCCGCCUCCUCCUACCUGGCGGCAGAGCUGGAUUGCUCCUGCAGAUGCGACACCUGAUCUUGCGCCCGCGCCUGCCGCUCGGCCAUAUCCUGGCGGACCGAGGCCGGCGGAUCUACAGCGGCUAAGGAUUGAUAAUAGCAGCGGUAGCGGUAGCGGAGCCGGACCGUCCAGCUCGCUGGGCGAUCGGUCGUCAUCGGACCCGUGGAGUGCGGACAAGGACAAGGAUGAGACGGGGAGCGUCUGCUCGUUGCCGAGUCUCAAAGCUAGUGGGUUGCUCGAGUGCGGCGAUGCGCCUCGACGCGUCGUUCCGGUGGCCCCGAGUCCUAGUGCUGGCGCUACAUCUGCCAGUGGAAUGGGAAUGGGCAUGCCGCGAGGGAUGCCGUGGCUGGAUACCCGCGGGCCUCCUAAGGCGUAG